AACCGCCUUCUCACUUCAUUCCUUGCCUGUCGUUUUUGUUAUAUCAAAAAAGAAACCGAAAACAAACAAACAAACAAAAGGCCAUCUUUCUCUCUAUCUCUCUCUUUCUUUCUCUCAAAUGGGUUGCUUAGGCGUGGCUUCCCAGCCAAAUCUGGAGUGACCCAUGUCAUAGUUAUCUACCAUUUCAAGAAAAAAUAUAUUUCUUCAAUCCAUGGCUCAUUUCAUUUUAGUGUUUUUUUCUUUUUCUUCUUCUUAUUCUUUUGUUCUAAUAGCGAGCUGUUUCCACAGUCCCUUUUAGAUAAACAGAAAUUUCUGUUUUUUUUUUUUCUUCCUUCCUUUCUCGUUUUCUUUUUGCGCCAUUUGUUUUCCUCUUUGAAUCUGACGCCACCCAGUUGGGCAGCUGCAUAGAACGAGGUAUGGCGCAUCAUUAUGUAAAUCUUGUUGUUCAUUGCCUCCUCAUCAUGGAGGGAGAGACAUCAUGGAUCAGUGAUUGCUUUGAUGAUGUGGCAAGAGACAUUGGUGAAUUUGAUUCAUUCUCAGAGCUUAGUGAUGAAGGCAAUAAAGAAGUUAAUACCAUUUCUGUGGAUUUAAUUUUACCUGAUGAUCUGUUAGAACGGAUUUUAGCUUAUCUUCCCAUUGCCAGCAUCUUCAGAGCAGGUUCUGUGUGUAAGAGAUGGCGUGAGAUUGUUAGUUCAAGGAGGUUUUUAUGGAACUUCUCACGUGUCCUGCCACAAAAACCCUGGUAUUUUAUGUUUACAAGCUCAGAUGAACCUGUUGGCUAUGCCUAUGAUCCAAUCCUUCGAAAGUGGUAUGGCAUCAAUCUCCCAUGCAUCGAGACAUCCAAUUUGUUUAUUGCUUCAUCUUGUGGUUUGGUUUGUUUCAUGGACAAGGACAGCAGAAGUGCAUUAUAUGUCAGCAACCCUAUCACCAAAUUCUGCAAGAAGCUUGAGGAGCCUCCGGGUUUAAAAAUUGCUGAUUACAGUGCACUAGCAAUUUCUGUUAACAGAACUUCACAUGGAUAUACUAUUUCAGUUGUGAAGUCUAAGCAAGUUCCAGGAAAUUUUUUCCAAUGGGAUCUCUGUAUCUAUACUUAUGAUUCUGAAACAAGGAUGUGGUUGACAUCUUGGACUGAAGUUCUGACAGGCUGGAGAAGCGGCGAUGAGAGCGUGAUCUGUGAUGGGGUUUUGUAUGUUUUGAUUUACUCAACUGGUGGUGGCACACCAGAGAAUCGGCAUGGUCUAAUUACAUAUAAUCUCUCUAGCAGAUCUUCUCAUGGUUUAUUGAUAAGGAGUUUCAUUCGAGUACCUUGUCCUCUCACUUGUGGGCGUCUGAUGAAUUUAAAGGAAAAGCUGGUCAUGGUGGGAGGAAUUGGUAAACAUGACCGGCCUGACAUAAUUAAGGGUAUUGGUAUUUGGGUUCUAAAUGGUAAGGAAUGGCAAGAGAUUGCUCGCAUGCCACACAAGUUUUUUCAGGGAUUUGGGGAGUUUGAUGAUGUUUUUGCUAGCAGCGGCACAGAUGAUCUUAUAUAUAUACAGAGCUAUGGAGCUCCAGCUCUUCUUGUUUUUAACACGAAGCAGAAACAGUGGAAGUGGUCACAGAAAUGUCCAGUGACAAAGAGGUUCCCACUUCAGCUCUUUACUGGUUUUUGCUUUGAACCUAGGCUUGAGAUUGAGCCAUAAUAUUUUCUUCUUUUGAAUCUAAUGUGGCGGUGUUGACAAAUUUGUCUGAAAAUUCCCACAUUUUCCUUUUUGUUUGUUUUGGCUCUGGGUUUCGACCAUUAUGGAUUCUGUUAUGGAAAAGUUUAUACACAAUGUAACAGCAGAUAGAGCUGCUCAUUUAUGAAAAUGGGACUAUUAUUCUUUGCAAUGGGAAUACUUAAUGCAUACAAGUACAAAUUUGUCACGA